GCAAUGGCAGACAACGUUUUCUGUGCACUGGAAAACUUCAACUGAAAAUGUCCUCAAACAAAUUAAAAAGACCAUCGUCUGCGCGCAGACACAUUAAUUAUGAAACAUUCAAUCAGUUUGUUAGUGGCUGUAGAUUGAGAAGAAUUCAGUCUUUAUUAAAUGGUAACAAUGGCCAAGCUGAUUCUCCAGAUUCUAUUCUCUCAAUAACUGGUAUAGAUAGUCGAUAUAAUGAAGGGUGUCAACAUCUGACAAAUUAUUUGCUCUUUGAUUUUUUCACAAGUCGUAAAACAGAGUUAGAGAGGUCAGGAUUUGAUGAAGAAGAUUUAGAUGAUAUAAUAUUGGUGAUCAACAGUAACAGUGUUGAUAUUUAUUGUAAUGUUAUCAACUAUCAUUACUUACUACCAUAUACAUCACACUGGUUUAAUGUCAGAUAUCAUUGUCUCACAGAUACAGAGGCUGAAGAUGAAGAAAUGGAGGAAGAUUUUAAAAUGUUAUCAUUUGUUGCAAUGGUGAAAGAUAAGAAAUGUAUCGGCAUUCCAUUUUUCUCACCAGGCCAUGGUGGAAAGUUUGAUAAAUUUGCAAUAGAAAAAUGGCCUAUUGUACAAGCUUUUGCUUUAGAUGAAAUAGGAGGUGGGGGUUUCUUCACCAUGAAUUAUGAGGUUUGUGAUGUAAGUGGUAAAGUAGAGGAAUUAUAUAAUCAUGUUGAUCCUGUUACCAUGGAGAUUUUACUUACACAGAAUGUGAAAUUACUAGAAAGACAAUGGACUGACAUGGAGGCCAGAUUUAAACUAGAAUUAUCCAAUAAAAUGGAGAAAUUAACAGAAGAAAAUGUAGCUGAGCCAUUGUUUAGUUAUUAUAAACACGGACGAAUUGUUUCACCAGGUGUAGAUAAAAACAAAACCAGAUGUCCCUAUGUUCUGUAUGGUAGACAUGCUAGUCAAAGUGAAAUAGAGAGAGUAUCACAUGAAUUGAUGGAUAGAUAUGAGGAUAUAUCAACCAGUGGAAUCAAAAAUAAUCUACCUCAUCAUAUGAUUUGUCAGGCGGUUUCACCCAAUAGUCCACUAGUUUGUUCCAGGACUUAUUUCUUUACACCUGUAGUUAAUCCAUUUAAAGAUGUGAAGACAGAAGAUAAAGGUGAUUUAUGGUAUUUGACCAAUUUAUAUAAAAUAAUGAUAGAAGCAUUGAUUGGUGGAAUCUGUUCUUACACUAAAACUCUAAGUUUGAAAAAGGCUACUUCAAAUGUGUUUUAUGUGAUAGAAGAAAGUUUACGCGAAUUAGACCACCCUACAUUUCAGAAUUAUUUCAAUAAUAAUAGAUCAAAGUUUGUAUUUAAUAUUGAAGGUGUUGAUAAUUUUGGAAAAUGCCACAAACUGGAAGAAGGAGUCUACAUGCCAUUAAUUAAAACUUCCAGUAUCUCGUUAUUUGACGUACCUAGUGUAGAGCAUAGUGGGAAAUCUGUUGGUUCUCUUGUUUUUGGUGAAUCAUUCAUAGAUUCUAGUUUUACCCUAAAAGGAGAGAAUCAAAUGUCAUCAGAUCAUGUGAUUCUUACAUCAAACAUUUCACGACAAAAUUUAUUCACAGUUAAAGAGGCUGAUAUUAAAAGUUGUAAACAAUUACCAGAACAACUGGCUACUCUAGAGAAAUAUGGUGAUAUACUCGUAACAAGGGAAAUAAUUCAUUAUACAACAGGAUCACAACAAUAUAGUCAAAUAUUUACAGGUGAGGUUAUGGUAUAUGAGAAUGCUGUUAUUUUACAUCAUGUUGAAUAUGGUUCUAUCCUACUGACACACACAGAUAUACAACAUAUACAGUUAUAUGAUGCUGAUACUAAUAGUUCUGUAUGGCUGUUGAUAUUAUGUUUAGACAAGUUAUCUCAUGGUAAACUACCUGUACAUCUGAUAGAAGAUAAAAACCAACUUGUAUUAGUCUUUCUACCAAAAACACCCCUACAUAAAAACUUGUAUACACAGAUUUUACGUAAAUGGAAGACGGAAUCAAGUUUUCCUGUUGUAGAAAGAUUGGAAGAAUUACCACAACAUUUAAUUUCACUACAUUCAGAGCUACAGAAACAAUUUGUUCCUAAUUCAAGUACAAAAACCACAAAUUUAGAGAAAUCAGCCUAUCAUAUUGAUCACAUACAAAGGUUUAUAAAUCAUCUAUCAGUUUGCACUACUGGAUGUAAAGAUGUGGACAAGAAUCAUCUCCCCUUGUUACUCAAAUCACAGCAAACCAUUCCAACAACUGAUGAAAAUGAAGAGGAGACAGAUUCCGAUGAGAUUACUAUUAGUAUUAUAGCAGGAGUACCUGGUUCUCAUAAACAAACACUUGUAUCAACAAUAACAAAUUAUACCAAAGAAAAAUACAGAUGGAUUGUAUUAAAACAACCGAAUGAUGAUAUCAGAGAAUUUGAUGCUAAUCGACUUCAUAAACAAUUGAAUGGAGCAUUAACAGUUCAUAAACGACGUAAACCUGGUGCAAUUAGAAGAAUAACUAAAGUUAUUGUUGUGACAAACAGUUUUACAGAUAUUGGUGAAAUUAUCAAUGCUAUAGAAACACAUCCAGAUCAAGAUGUUAACAAAUAUCUUAAAAUAGGUGCUGUAACUAUCUGUAUUGAUCCUCUUAACUUUUAUCUUGAACACAGAUUGAUAUUACCUGGUAUAUUAACAGAUUGUGGUGAAGGUUGGGUUAAUAAUAUUAUCUUAACAUCUUGUACUACAGGACAGAAUGAUAUGAUGAAAGACGUUCAGAGUAUUUUACGUUGUGUUAAUACUAAUGUAGCUUUUAUACCUGCGGAAAGAGGUGAAGUUCAUAGAUCCACAGAUUUAGAUAAUAUUUUAUCUAGUAAAGAGUUUUAUUCUCCAUUGAUGAUACAUGCCAGAUAUCUGUCUCGUCCUGAUUGGAGAAAUUUGAAAUCUUCAUCUGGAUUUCAGCCGAAAAUGAAUCAGAUUUUGUUGAACUUUAAACAGCCUUUAGAUAAAUCUAGAUUUAUCAGUAAAUUGAAAAGUAUGAAAUCUAGUCUAGAAUCACAUCCAUGGUAUAAUAAUAUCUACCAUGUACAAGGACAGGUCACAUUUACAGAUAGUGAAGGUUCAUAUGAAGUACAGUUUGUAACAUUGAGUGGUUAUAUGAGAUUACAGUUGGUGGAGACACCACCCAUCAAAGACCACCUGUCAUCUCCAUCCUCUCCUCCUCCUAAUACUUCUAACUAUCUGGUGUACACUGGAUGUCAUCUUCAGGAGGAAAACAUUAAAAACUGGUUAAGAUCCUGUAGAAUACAGCUAAAAAAGAAAGAUUUAUUAACCAGGCAAGAUCUUACCAAAGAUGAAAUUAAUGAGAUUCAUAAGAAUAAUCAUCUUCGACAGUUACCAUCUGGCUGGUUUUACAAUGGUUCACAGUUUAUCAGUUUAACUGGUGAAAAAACAUAUCAACAUCCUAAUUUAGAAGAUUUUAUCGAGGAAUAUGUUAAAAUGAAAAACCAAGAAAUUUUAGAGCACAACCAAAAAAUAGAAUCUGAGAAAUUUGUGGAUCUGUUUGAAUAAUUCAGUUUUACAUUUUCAGUAAAAUAAAGGGAUCAGAAUUUGGUUUAGUCCAUCAGUUUGAAACCAAAUAUGUUAAAUAUGUCCGUCCAGUAUAAUUCUAUAUCAUGAAUUAUGUGUCCAUUCUGUUACAUUCCUAAUAGAAUUACUAGAUGUCCAUACUUUCAUCAGCCAUAUAGAAAUAUAAUAUAUAGUAAUGCGUUUACAGUCAAUACAGAAUUACUAGAUGUCCAUAUAGAAUUACUAGAAGUCCAUACUGCUGAGAGCAAUAAAGAAUUACUAGGUUUUUAUACUGUCCAUAUAAUAUUAAUGAUUGCCAAUAUUUUUUCUAUCUAUACACAAUUACUAAAUGUCCAUUUGCAAUAUGAAAUUACUAGAUAUAUCUUUAGUCCAUAUAACAUUACAGAAUUCCAAUAUUGUUACUUAGUACAAUUACUGGAUGCCCAGUUAAAAUCCAUAUGGCAUUACUGUUGCACAUAUCCAUACUGUUAUAAUCCAUAUAAAAUUACUACAUGUCCAUACUGUUACAAUCCAUAUGGAAUUACUACAUGUCCAUACUGUUUUAAUCUAUAUGGAAUUACUAGACAUCCAAACUGUUAUCAGUAUUAUUUACAUGUUCUUUAAAUUGAGUAUUUCGACUUCUCCUAACUUCAGUAUGAGGUAUAUGCUAUCUACAAGUUUCACAAUUACUGACCAGUUUAUUUGACCAAUAGUGCUAACUGCUUGUUUUUGUUUAAUAUUACUUUACUUUUUAUAAUUGCUUACAUUUUUCUGUUAAUAUAUCUUUUUUGGUUGUUUAAUACAUUAUCAAUAAAAUUAAUUUAAAUUAUUUAAA